AUGGGCGCCGACGAGGCUCCCCUGGAUAACAAUGGCUCGAGCUUCCCUUUCCCAGCCGUUGGCACCUUGUCCUCACCCAACGACACACACCGCCGCCAUCCGCCAGUCGAAGACAACAACACCCACCACACUGCUACCACCACCAACAGCAGCAACUCGCCAUCAGCGAUCUUCACCCACACCUUCAGCACUUUUGACCGACAGAACCCGCUCGCCGCCAGCUCGCCAUUCGCUGGCUUUUUCACGCUCUUCUGGAUGGGCGUGUUCUUCGCCGUCCAGAUCGGCGCCGACAACUGGCGGGCGCACGGCAGCCUGCUCGGCACCAACAAAAUCAUGCGGGGCAUGGCGGAUGAGGUUAUGUGUGGUGCUAUCGGGUAUGGGUGGGUGCUUCAGAAAGUGGUGGUGAGCGGGGUGUUACAAUGGGAUCGGGGUGGGUGGGUUUUGCAGCACGUCUGGCAGACGGUGUUUAUCGCCGGCGUGGUCCGGCUGACCAUGUGGCGGGACUGGCCGUGGACACACACCGUGUUUUUUGUGCUGCAUGGCUCGGUCAUGCUGCGGCGGGCACGGUUGCUGGCGUGGCUCAAGCAGCUGGGCCGCAUAUCUCCAGUUACCUCCCCGGCCAAGACAAAAGCCCCUGUGUCGGAUAUCAACAUAUCGCCUCUUGCAAAGGUGCCAACGGCCAAGGAACGAUGGCAUUGUCUGCCGUGUGAGAAGGUGCUGGAUGUUGUGAGGAUCGUCGCUGUAAUCGAAUCGGUCGAACCGCUGGAGGCGAAGCAAGUGCACGUCUUUGAGCAGGUGUUGAAGUGGGAGGUCGCCGCCCUGUCGGACGAGCUCAAGGGCAUGUCCACGACACCGGGCCGCGAGUACCCCAAUAACCUCACAUUGCGCAACCACUACGGGUACAUCGUGCUGCCGACCGUGAAGGCGGUGACGUGCUUCGGCCCCUUCAUGAUGGAGCAACUGCUGACCUGGUACCUCGUGACCUACUUUGCGGACCGUGGCUUCUACGAUGCCUGGCGGAACUGCGUGUCGUGGGACCAGUUUGCGCGGGACUGGAACAGGCCGAUGCAUCACUUUCCGGUGCGCCAUGUCUACCACAGCUCCGUCUCGGCUUUGAAGGUCGACAAAGACACGGCGACCGUCAGCACCUUCUUUUUGUCGGCCUGCGUCCACGAGCUGAGCAUGUGGUGCAUCUUUAGGAAACUGAGCGGCUACCUGCUAUUGGUGAGGUUGAGCCGUAUUAAAUGGUUCCGUACGCGACCUGUUACAGGCCCCAGCAUUCUCUGGAGCUUGUACUUAAUCUUGUGAUCGGUAGGUUCAGUCGAAUAGCCGGAGAAGUCUCUCAGAGUUAGAAACGGACAUAGAGAGAACCAGGAAAGAUUACUGAAUAGAGGGCUAAAAGAAUAUAUGUAAACUCCAGGUGUUUAGAAAUUUGAAACAAAAGUCCUCGAAUGGAUUAAUGUUGAACUCUUGUGUAGUGAUGGUUCGAGCACAUCGAACCUCGGUGUUUGUGUCGAGUCCCUA